AUGAAGGCGGUGGCAAGCUUCAUCUCCUCCUCAGUCCCUCGUCUCCUUUUUCUUCUUCUUCUUGUGGGCAUUGUUGCAGAGGGAGAAGACAUUUUUCUGGAUUGGCACGUCGCGCUUAACACCACCAUCAAACCUGUUUCUGCGGAUCAGCCGGUGAUUACUAUCAAUGAUGAGUUCCCUGGACCUCUACUCAAUGCCACAACCAAUGACAUGGUUCAUGUUAAUGUCUUCAACCACAUGGAUUCUGAGCCACUUCUAAUUACUUGGAAUGGAAUACAGCAAAGGCUAAAUUCAUGGCAGGACGGAGUGUCGGGCACAAACUGCCCGAUCCAGCCCGGAAAGAAUUGGACUUACGUCUUUCAAAUCAAGGAUCAGAUUGGGAGCUUCUUCUAUUUUCCCUCCAUCAACUUUCAGAAAGCCGGCGGUGGGUUCGGGCCCAUUCGGAUCAACAAUCGGGCUGUCAUUACUGUGCCCUUCCCUAAACCGGAUGCCGAAUAUGAUCUCCUCAUUGGGGAUUGGUAUAACCAAAGUUUCCAGACAAUUCGGAGGGAAUUGGAUUUGCCAGAGACAAAACCACCAAAUAUGAUACUUAUGAAUGGCAAAGGAUCAUACCUGGACUCAAAAGCAAAAACUCAUGAAUCCUUCACAGUCACUAAAGGUAAAACCUAUAGGUUUAGGAUUUCAAAUGUGGGAACAACAUGGAGUGUGAACUUCAGGAUUCAAGAUCAUAGAAUGGAUGUGGUUGAGACAGAAGGAUCCUACGUUAACAAAUUAACGGUUGAUUCUCUUGACGUUCAUGUUGGGCAAUCAUACUCCGUUAUCGUCACGGCAGACCAAAACGUCGGCGAUUAUUACAUUGUGGGCAGUGCAAAAUUAGUUAACGUCACGAGUAACCGCUCUCUUGUUUCCGUUGGUGUUCUACACUACCACAACUCAACUACCCCUCCUAACGGGCCUCUACCCGUCGGGCCCGACCCGUUUGACAUCAACUCUUCCGUCACCCAAACUAGAUUAAUCACGUGGAAUUUGACGGCUGGGGCAGCUAGGCCUAACCCACAAGGAUCAUUCAAUGUAUCAAACGUGACGUUAUCACAGAGCUUUAUUCUUCUUGGAUCUACGUCCAAGAUCGAUUCUCGUGUAAAAUACACCGUUAACAACGUCUCGUACCUCACCCCCAAUACUCCGUUAAAGUUGGCGGAUUACGCCUUGAACGGCGGCUCCGGCGUGUUUGAGCUGGAUAAAUAUCCGGCCAACACUAGCCUGUCCAAGGCGGUGAACGGAACCUUUGUGGUUUCCGGCACACACAAAGGAUGGCUAGAAAUUGUGUUUAAGAAUGAUUUGGACAAUGCCAUGGACUCUUGGCAUUUAGAUGGAUAUGGUUUCUAUGUUGUUGGGGUAGGUUUUGGGGAGUGGUCGCCAGCAUCACGACAAAUGUAUAAUCGUUAUGAUCCGGUUGUCCGUUCUACCGUUCAGGUGUACCCUAAAGGAUGGACAGCAGUUUAUGUAUACUUAUCCAAUCCAGGGAUGUGGAAUUUGAGGUCACAACAUUUGAAGAAAUGGUACCUGGGCCAAGAGCUCUACAUUAGAGUGUAUGAUCCUGAUCCCAACCCUGCCAAAGAGAAACCUCCACCCCAAAAUCUACUUUAUUGUGGAAAAGUACAACCACCACCAUCUCCACCUCCAUCUCCAUCUACGCCUCAAACACCGCCACCAAAUCCAAAUAUAGUGCCGCCUCCGGCACCAGUGCCAGCCAGUGCAACAAUGUCACAAAUGCGAUGGUUUAACAUUGGCUUAAUACUUGUUCUCCUUAUACUUUAA